AUGCCUUUAGAGAGCCGCGUGGUCGGGGUGUGCGCACCGUGUGUCGUGUUGCGAGACAUCAUGUGUGCUGCGCACCGGUGGCGUGGGGGCGAGGGCGAGGAGAGCGAGCCGCGCCAGUUCCGCGCGGUGUGCUUGGGCGGCGGUGGUGGACGGGGAGGAGGCGAGGCGAGGCGAGGCGGCGCGUGGUACGGCGAAAACGGGACGGACGGCCGGCGGAUGUUGAGAGGCGCCGCGCACGCAGACACACAGAAAGACAGAAAGAACGAGAAAGGAACAAAUGGAGGGGGCGAAUGUGGAGCAGAGGCGGUGCGCGGCAGUGGGAACGCCUGCCUGGCGGCUGGGACGGCCAGCAAAUGCGGUUGGAUGGGCGGCCACAGCACCGCACCUGUGCGCCAAGGAGGAGACGCUGGCGGCGGGCCCCCCUCGGAUGCGGCCGGCUGCUGGGGCUGCUGCAACAACGACGACGAAGACGAAGAAGCGGAUGGCUGGUGA